AUGCUGGCGCAGAGUUCUUUGGUCGGUGGAUGGAACGACGGGUAUAACGCAGGAGGCUUCUUGAGCGCCAUCCCCAAGAAUUUUCAAGACCAAAGAUUUCAUAAGAGAGGCUCCUCUGGUUCUUCCGUCACCUCGGGUGGCCCUCCUUCGCCUCUCAACCACAACACCAUAUACCCUCACAUAGUCGCCACCUCCGACUCUUCCAACUUUCCGUCCAGCUUCGACUUUGACUUCAACCAAACUCCUCAUACUGCCAAAUCUGAGUCUGCAAUGAUGUACUCUACAAACUUCGGAGGUCCCGUUGACAUGAGAAGGAUACAGUCGGCAGGCACCGACGACCGCGCGUCUUACUCACUUUCCGCGCCUCACUCGGCGUCGACAAUGAGUCACAACUCUCCUGCGACACCGCAGACGACAUACGAGCCGGAGUACGACGAGAAGCACGUUUAUGGUGAGAAUUCUGCCGACGACGAUUUAUUGUUCGAGUACUUACAAUUUGACGCAGGCUACCCUUCGGCCGCGUACCAACAAUCGCUGCAAGACGUUUUCCCCGAUCAACACUUUAACAUCGAUUUCUCUCAUGCGCAGCAACAGCCCCAGCAACAACAACAACAACAACAGCAGCAGCAGCACAAUGUCCCGCGGAUGGGUAUGCCGCAACACCGACAAAAUAUGAUGGCUGAGAGGUUACAAGCGGCCCAGCAGGAUCAUCUGCGCACGGCUUCGCCAACCUCAAAUCCGCGGGACAAGUCACCGUUCCGGCAGAAUUCUCCGUAUAGCAUGCCGGCUCCGCCGCAACGGCCACCGACCUUGCAGAAACAGCGGACAUCAGUGUCUCCUAAGGAGUUGAUGUUGGAUGACCAUGACAUCGAUGACAACCAGACUCCGUUGUUCCCGGAUCAAUCACAUCAGAUGUUCAACAACAACCGGAGGGUCCCGUCAAACUUGUCGACCUUUACCACACCUACCCUGGCAGCCUCGGAGUCUUCGAUGCAAAUCCCUCAACAAUAUCCUUUUGUCAGCCAAAACAAUCAGCAGCAGGAUAUCACACCGGACUUCCCGUCGCAUCUCCUGUCGAUGGAGUCCACUGGGGAUGAAGGCCCUUCGGAACCUUCUAGUCAGCAGUCGACGCAAAUGCCUCAGCCUCAAACCCAGGCUGCUGCGCCUCAGUUGCAGUCGCAGUCACAGUCACAGUCACAGUCGCAAACUCAGCGCCCUGUUGACACAUCGUCUGACUCAGGCACCUACUCUUGUACGUACCACGGAUGUCACCUACGGUUUGAGUCACCGGCGCAACUCCAGAAGCACAAGAGGGAAGGCCAUAAGCAGGCAUCACCCACCGGCGCCACGUCGCCUAAUCUGGCUCUGCGCAAUUCGCAGGCUGGUCCUCACCGGUGCGACCGGAUCAACCCCAGCACGGGCAAACCCUGCAAUUCUGUCUUUUCACGGCCGUAUGAUCUGACUCGGCACGAAGACACGAUUCAUAAUGGCCGGAAACAGAAGGUCCGGUGUCAUCUGUGUACGGAGGAGAAGACUUUCUCGCGUAACGAUGCGCUGACCCGCCACAUGCGUGUCGUUCACCCUGAUGUCAACUGGGUCGGCAAGCAGAAGCGCAAGAAUGCCAAAUGA